AUGGCUGAAGCCACAUCAUCAGUCAGUAAUUCCGGCCGUCGCCUCACUUACGCCGACCCUCGGGACCUUCCAAGCUUCCCGUCAAGCGGUCUCCCGUCUGAUGGUGCCGCUGCCGGCGCCGCGGCUACCCUCGGCUGGCACAGCCAUAGCAAAUCUGCCGACAUGACCAAGUCCGACCAGCUCUCGUCUGCCUCGGCCGCUGCCGUUCUCUCCAGAGACGCCAGGAAGAGUUCAACCUCGACGCCGUCUUCUGAGUCUGCGGGCCACCAGGCUGCUCUCCUCGCUGUAGGAUCAGCAAGCUCAGCCCUCAAGCACCAGUCAUCAAACUCGUCGAGCACGCGUGAUCAGCACGAGGGCUGGGGUACUUCGGCAGCCACCCAGGCCUUCCAUGCCAUUCGCUCAACUCCCAGGUCCAGCAACAACCUCUCGCCCGGGAACACGGCUGCCACACAGGCCUUUAACACCAACAGGUCACUGUCUGCCCAAGUCUCACGUGCGUCGUCGUCCAUAUCCGACGCCGACCGCUCACUGGCUGCCGCCAAGGGGGCCAUGGCCUCGGCCCGCCCUCGAUCAACCUCGACGCCGACCGCGGGCGGAUCUGCAAAACCAGCUUCCACCCACUCCAGGGCAUAUUCCAACGCACUCGACGGAGCCUCCAUCGCGCAUAGGUCGUCAGUCAUGUCCAAGGCAUCCAUCGAAGAUACCGGUGCUGUCCCCGUGACUACAAUGACCCGCAACAUGUUCACAUCGAAUCCAAAGGUCAAGCUCGAGAUUGACGAGCAGAAGAACACGGACCGUCUUCGCUUGUCUGCUAUCGAGAUGGCCAGGAAGAUGUACACGCUGCAGCAAGCACAGGGGAACGACAACGGCGGCGAUAGCGGAAACAGCUCGCAAGCACCGCCGUACACGAACCUCCAGGAUGCCGCAUACAGGCAGGCUCAAGACCGACUGGCAAAGCUCGACAACAGCUAUACCCGGAACCGUGAUAUGCAAGAGUACUACGGCAACCCCAAGAUGCCGAAAAGGCACUUUUCCGUCUCCCACAGAUUGCGGCGCAAGAAUUCGGACGACUACGUCAGCGACCGCCGCGAGUCGGAGAGGAUUCGCCAGCAAAUGUCCAUGUUCUCCAACAAGCUCACCGAGGUCGACGAGACGAAGCGUGAGAAUGACCGCGACGCCCUCCUCGCCGCAGCCCAGCGCAAUGUCAAGGCCCGCUUGCAGGACAUGGACGAAAAGGUCUUUUCCGAGACGGGAAUGGUCAGCCCUUCCCUGUCAAAGGAUUGGGGCACCAAGGUCCACGACGCGGCCAAGAACCGCAUCGUGUCGAGCAGCGACCAGGACAAGGACAGGCGGGAUCUUGGCGGCGGCAUGUUCAUGGACCAGGAGCAGAUUGAUGCCAUUGCCGCCAUGAGGAUGCAACCCGUGCUCGACGACCUGAAUGAAAAGGCCGAGAAGGAACGGGAGCGUCUGGCCACGCUCAAGGCCGAGGAGGAUGCUAGAAAGGGAGAAUUGGCGAGGCAGAAGGAGCGGGAGCGUGAAGCCAAGGAGUUUAACAAGAAGAUUCGAGGCAAGUUCUUGACGCAAGCAUGA